UUGAGUUUAAGGUCCAGAAUUUGGAAGCAAAAAUGAGUGAGACGGUGAAGGUGAUGAGCACUUUUGGCAGCAUAUACGGCCAUCGUCCGGAGGUGGCCCUGAGGCUCAAGGGAAUACCUUACGAGCUGCUCCUGGAAGACCUGCCCAACAACAAGAGCGAGUUGCUGCUCACGCACAACCCUGUCCACAAACUGGUCCCCGUGCUCCUACACGGCGAUAAGUCCAUCUGCGAGUCGCUCAUCAUCGUCGAGUACAUCGACGAGGCCUUCGAGGGGCCGCGGCUGCUGCCGGCUGACCCCUACGAGAGGGCCACGGCCCGCUUCUGGGCGCAGUUCAUCGACCAAAAGUUUGCUAGGCCGUUCUGGAUGUCGAUAUGUAUGGCUGAUGGUGACAAGGAAGAGGAGGAGAACUUCUUGAAGGAAGCCAAGAAGAAUCUGCUGCUUCUCGAGGGGCAGCUCAAGGGGAACAGGUUCUUUGGAGGCGACUCCAUUGGCCUUGUGGACAUAGCUGCAAGUGGGUUAGCUCGCUGGCUUGGAGCCUUCGAAGAGAUCUCCGGGGUUAAUCUACUCACAGAUGAACAGUUCCCUGCUCUGUGCCGCUGGGCGAAAGAAUAUGCCGGCGAUGAGCGUGCUAAGGAGUGCCUGCCGAACAUGGAUGAACUGGUCGCCAAGAUCACUGCAGUGAAGAAGUUUCUAGCAAUGGCAGAGGUUCAGAAGUGAUCCAGUGUUAUCAGUGCGAGGAUAUCAUGGUUAUGACAUGAAUCAAUCGUAUGGACAUGUUAUUUUUUUUAAUUUUUUUUGCGGGGAGACAUGUUAAUUAAUGAUCAUGGUUUCCUGGGAGAAGGAACAAGCUACUGAAGUGUGGUGCCGGAUUUCUACAGAGUCCUAGUGUACUAUACUACGGUGUAAUUCCCAUUUGGUUGCAGUAACUUGUCUUGCUUUCUCAGAUCCAGAAAUCGGUAGAGACAUGGCAGAUUGUAUUUCUUUUUCAGUACAGGGUGCAGCCAC